AUGGCCAAUAAUGCGCCCCCCAAGCGCCAAGACACCAGGAAAUUCGUGGAGAACCUGUCCGGAGAGGGCAAGAGCAUCGCGGUGCUGACCAGCGGAGGAGAUGCUCAAGGGAUGAACGCGGCGGUGCGGGCGGCGGUCCGGAUGGGGCUCUACGUUGGGGCCAAAGUCUACUUCAUCCACGAGGGUUACCAGGGGAUGGUGGACGGCGGGAACAACAUCAUCGAGGCGUCGUGGGAGAGCGUGUCCAGCAUGUUACAAGUGGGUGGCACAGUGAUCGGCAGUGCUCGUUGUAAAGAGUUCCGCACACAUGAGGGGCGGCUGCGCGCGGCACUGAACCUGGUGCAGCGCGACAUCACAAACCUGUGCGUCAUCGGAGGAGACGGGAGUCUGACCGGAGCCAAUCUGUUCAGGGAGGAGUGGAGAGAGCUACUGCAGGAGCUACUGCAGCAAGGGCUGGUGGACCAGGCCGCGGUGCAGAGGAACUCGGUCCUCCACAUCGUGGGGAUGGUCGGCUCCAUCGAUAACGACUUCUGUGGCACAGACAUGACCAUCGGCACCGACUCUGCUCUUCACCGCAUCAUUGAGGUGGUGGACGCCAUCAUGACCACGGCCCAGAGCCACCAGAGGACCUUUGUGCUGGAGGUCAUGGGUCGCCACUGUGGAUAUCUGGCCCUGGUCAGUGCUCUGGCCUGUGGAGCAGACUGGGUCUUCAUCCCUGAGAUGCCUCCUGAGGACGGAUGGGAGGAUAGCAUGUGCCAGAAGCUGUCAGAGAACCGAGCCGACAAGAAGCGUCUGAACAUCAUCAUCAUCGCAGAAGGAGCCAUCGACCGCCACAACAAGUCCAUCAGCGCCGACAACAUCAAGGACCUGGUCGUGAGUCGCUUGGGCUUCGACACCCGGGUCACCAUCCUGGGUCACGUGCAAAGAGGAGGAACCCCGUCUGCCUUCGACCGCAUCCUGGCGAGUCGUAUGGGCGUGGAGGCAGUGGUGGCUCUGCUGGAGGCCUCCGCGGACACUCCGGCCUGUGUGGUCUCUCUGGUGGGGAACCAGGCCGUGAGACUGCCCCUCAUGGAGUGUGUGCAGAUGACUCAGGAGGUGCAGAAGGCCAUGGACGAGAAGAAGUUUGAGGAGGCCGUCGGACUGAGGGGAAGGAGCUUCGAGAACAACCUGACCUGCUACAGGCUGCUGUCGUCUCGGAAGAACGACAGUGAACUUCCCACGAGUAACUUUAACGUGGCGGUCCUGAACGUUGGUGCUCCGGCCGCUGGGAUGAACGCUGCGGUGCGCUCUGCAGUGCGGGUGGGGAUCACCGAGGGGCACCGCAUGUACGCAGUCAGCGACGGCUUUGAAGGGCUCUACAAAGGACAGAUUAAAGAAAUCACAUGGGGCGACGUGGGAGGAUGGACCGGUCAGGGCGGCUCUCUGCUCGGAACCAAGAGGACUCUUCCGGGGAAACAUCUGGAUAAGAUCGCGGAGCAGAUGAGAAUUCACAACAUCAACGCGCUGCUCGUCAUCGGCGGAUUUGAGGCGUACGUGGGGCUGACGGAGCUCGCCGCGGCCCGGGACGCGCACCCCGAGCUCUGCGUUCCCAUGGUGAUGGUCCCGGCAACCGUCUCAAACAACAUCCCAGGAUCCGACCUGAGCAUCGGCUCCGACACUGCGCUCAACGCCAUUACGCAUGCGUUUGAGUCGCUGCUGCAGCUGUACCAGGCGCGCUCAGAGCACCAGGAGUUCUGCGUGCCCAUGUGCAUGCUGCCCGCCACCAUCAGCAGUAACAUACCAGGAACCGACCUCUGCCUGGGCGCAGACACCGCACUCAACACCAUCGUGCAGACGUGUGACCGGAUCAAGCAGUCUGCCAGCGGGACCAAGCGGCGAGUCUUCAUCAUCGAGACCAUGGGCGGCUACUGCGGUUACCUGGCAACCGUGGGGGGGCUGGCCGCCGGCGCCGACUCCGUGUACAUCUACGAGGAGCCGUUUGACAUCCGGGAUCUGCAGGCCAACGUAGAACAUCUGACGGAGAAGAUGAAGACCUCGAGCAUCCAGCGAGGAAUCGUGCUGAGGAAUGAAAACUGUAACGAGAACUUCACCACAGACUUCAUGUACCAGCUGUACUGCGAGGAGGGGCGGGGCGUGUUCGACUGCCGCAAGAACGUCCUGGGACACAUGCAGCAGGGGGGCGCUCCAUCUCCGUUCGACAGAAACUUCAGCACAAAGAUCGCAGCAAAGGCCAUGCAGUGGAUCACACGCAGCCUGACGGAGAGCUUCAAGGGAGGGCGAGUGUUUGCGAACUCCGAGGACACGGCGUGUCUGCUCGGGAUGAGGCGUAGGGCUCUGGUGUUCCAGCCGCUGUCGCACCUGCAGCAGGAGACGGACUUUGUUCAUCGGAUCCCGAAGGAGCAGUGGUGGCUGAAGCUCCGCCCCCUCAUGAAGAUUCUGGCCAAAUACAAGACGAGCUACGACGUGUCCGACUCGGGACAGCUGGAGCACGUGACCCGGGUCCGGCCCAAGGAGAGCCACACGUCUGCGGAGAUUUAG